UUUUUCUUCUUGUUGUUCAUCAGUUGUUUGAUUUAUUCAAAGUGUUUUCUUAUUUGGGGUUUUCAGAAAGAUUCUUGAAAAGUGACCCUUUUGUGGUUUUGUGCUAAAGUUGUAAUCUUUUUCUUCAGAUUCUGUUUGGGUGGUCUUUUUUCUCUUGUGGGGUUGUUUAAUUUGUGGUUCUUGAAAUGACUGUGGAGGAAAUUAGAGGAAAUAUGGGUGGUGAAAGGGAAAACUAUGAUAAUUUUCCAGUUGGUAUGAAGGUUCUUGCUGUUGAUGAUGACCCAAUUUGUUUGAAGUUGUUGGAUGGACUACUUAGGAAAUGCCAGUAUCACGUAACUACGACGAGUCAAGCAAGAACGGCGUUGAAGAUGUUGAGGGAAAACAAAGAUAGAUUUGACUUGGUGAUUAGUGAUGUCCACAUGCCUGAUAUGGAUGGCUUUAAACUUCUGGAGCUUGUUGGUCUCGAGAUGGAUCUUCCAGUCAUAAUGUUGUCAGCAAACAGUGAUAGCAAACUUGUAAUGAAGGGAAUAACUCACGGUGCUUGUGACUAUUUGGUGAAACCUGUCCGGCUUGAGGAGCUAAAGAAUAUAUGGCAACAUGUAAUAAGGAAAAAGAAAGUUGAGCCUAAGAAGCAAAACAAGUCUGAUGAUCAAGACAAGGCUCACCAGGGAGGCGGAGAAGGUGAAAGAGGAUCACAGCUUUCAGGUAAUGCAGAUCAAAACGGGAAGGUUAACAAGAAAAGGAAGGAUGAAGAAUAUGAAAGCGAUGAAAAUGGAAAUGACGAUGAAGAUCCUGGAACUCAGAAGAAACCUCGUGUUGUUUGGGCUAUAGAGCUUCACAAGAAGUUUGUUACAGCAGUUCAUCAGUUAGGCCUUGAAAAAGCUGUGCCUAAGAGGAUUCUUGAUCUGAUGAAUGUUGAAGGACUUACAAGAGAGAAUGUGGCGAGCCAUCUCCAGAAGUAUAGGCUCUUCUUGAAAAGGAUCAAUGCGGCAGAUGCCCAGCAAGCCAACUUGGCUGCCACUGCAUUAGGGGGUAAAGAUUCUGCGUACAUGCGAAUGGGUUCACUGGAUGGGCUUGGUGGUUUUCGAACGUUGGCUGGAUCAGGAAGGUUCGGUCAGGCUAGCUUAUCAUCAUCAUAUGCAUCAGGAGGCAUGCUUGGCAGACUAAAUAGUCCUUCUGGUGUAAGCCUUCACAAUCUAGCAUCUUCACCUAUGCUCCAACCUAAUCAUGGUCAAAAUUUGAGUAACAACUCCAUCAAUGCCUUGAUGAAAUUUAAUGCAAAUGUUCCACCUGCAAGCCAGAAUGCUAAUUUGUUCCAAGGGAUUCCUGCAUCGUUGGAGCUUGAUCAACUGCAGCAGAGUAAGUGUGCCACACGCAUAGGAGAGUUGAAUCAUUUGGAUGAGUCAGGACUGCAUACAGCGGCCAGUACAUUCAUGAACUCUAGAUUGGUUGGUAGCGCAAACAGCUCUAUGCCCAAUGUAUCAAAUAAUCCUAUUUUGCUUCAAGUGAAUUCCCAGCAACCACUGACGGGGACGGGAUUUGGAAAUCAGACUGCUCUCAACAUAGCCUCUUUUAGCUCUGAGGCCUUCAAUACUGGUGUAAGUGGUUCUUCCAAUUUUCUGGACCAUGAUAGAUAUAAUGAGAAUUGGCAAACUUCUCUCCAGCCUCUGAAGUUCCAGUCAACCUCCUUUCCGUUAAAUGAACCUUUCAGCAACAGCCAUUUGCCUCAAGACAGAGUACGAGACAAUGAUACUUCAACUGGCCCUCUUUUGCAGAACAACCCUGUUGAUUUUUCAACCUCUGCCAUAGUUUCCGUACCUUUCGAGGCUUCAAGAGGAGAAACACAAUGCCGUGAAAGUUUAGGGGGUGCUGUUCAGAUUAUGAACCAAGCAACCUGCCAACGGUGGCCAGAUCAGAACCAACAUUAUUCCCACAAUUCAAACAGUAUUUUUGGUAACAUGAGCUCUCAAGUUUCUAGCAAUGGUGGAAUGGCCUCUUUACCUCAUCCUAUGGACCAAAACAAUGAUAUGUUCUGCACAAGGGUGGAGACUUCUUUGACCGGCAGAUCAAAUGGAGGUUCUUCAAUGCACAUACACAAUCGUGAAAGUGAAAAAUUAACUCAUGACUCGAGGACAAAGACAAAUGAAGACUACCUCUUUCAGACAACAAAGCAACAAGUUGGUUUUCUUCCUCAGGGCUAUGGCUCCCUUGAUGAUCUUAUGGGUGAAAUGAAACGGGAUCAAGAUGGAGCCAUGUUAGAAGGAGGAGAAUUCGGAUUUGAUGCUUAUUCACUUGGUUCAGGUUUAUGAGGUUUUUGUAACUAGCAAGUUAGGAAGGAGAGGAUCUAGUGAUAUAGCAAAAUGUUAUUUGCUCAUUUAAGAGUCUCUUAACAAUAUAUGCAUACUAUGCCUUUUUUUUCAUUGUUCUUUUCCAGUCCGGGAACGUUGUUAUCGAUCGUAGAAAACUCUUAAAUGCUAAUUACUUGUUGCUUUUAAAGGGCCGGUUCUGUGAGUUCAACUGAAUCAUUUGCAUUCGUCUCCAA